CCAGAGUGGCAGCAAUACGUAGGGAAAGGGUCACCGCGAACGAAAAUUCUGGAGUGCCAAUGAGAAGAGGAAUAGAAACUUGGGCAACAGGAAAAAGAUUCGUCAACUUGAGAAUAUUAGAAGAUCGAAAGAGAGAGAGAGAGAAAAAGUUAUAGAGAGAAGGUUCAAUGGUGUUGUGGGAGAUAACGCUCGGAACUGCGUAUUUCUUGGGUCUGAAGCGAACUUACAGGCUCGCUCUCAGGAUUCAACGUAGGAUCGUAAGCCCUAAGUACCCUAAGCUCCUCCAAUUUCUUCACAGACGGACCCGUGCUGUGUUUGAUGUAGCUAUCAGAGUGCAUCGUAACAUUCAAGUUAGGGACAUAGAAGUGGGACGGAAUUUCGGGAACUUUAUAUUGCGAUGGCUGGAUCGAAUGAAGCCAUCGGCUCAGAUUCGCGGUCCCCCACCUUCUAAUGGUAUUACAUCAAGAGAAAGUGUUGGAAAACGUUUAUCAGCAGGUAGAAGUUCCAAUCAGAAGGGUUCUGGAACGUCAAGGAGGGACUCUGAUAGGCAUUUGUUUACCUCAUCAAGGAUAAUGCAUUUUCCUACAGUAGCGAGGAUGAUGCGACCGCCGAAUCCUGCUGGGAUUACCAUCCAUGGCAGGCACUUCAGUACCUCUACGCCUCAAACUGUUGGAUCAAUUUACAGGGUAAAUUGGUCAGAGGGUGUUAUUAGGAAGGAUAUUAUGCAGUGGUUGAGGCAUAACUAAUCCUCUCUCUGCUGGCAGAUGUUGGAAAUUGAUGGUGAUAGAGUAAGCAAAUCUGUCGUAUCUGAUUUUGUCUCUUUGGAUUUUGUAUAGUUCGUCAAGCUUCCUUUUGGAUAACCAGCGGUUAUGCAAUUGCUUUCAGUCUUGGUUUAAAGAACUAGUUGUUAAUAUCAAGGAUAAUCUUUCUGUUGAAUGAAUAAUGACAGUAGAGUUUUUGCAUUGCUCUAUUUUAUACUUCUCAGCAAGUUUGGUUUAUGCAACUUGCAGCUUGAUUUUU